CGUCAUGUCCGUGUACCUUGACUAGGCGAUUCUUCAGUCUUCGCUUGGAGCUCGUAAUGGACACAGAUAGUGGUGCGGUCCUCUCUUAGCGUCUUCCGAGAAAUCAUGCUCACAUGUAUCCAUCGAUGUCUUCGACUGUCAUUUUGAGGAAAUAAUUUAUCACUUCUCACCUAAAUUGUUCCACAUUAUGCAAUUUUCAAUUGGAACGAUAAAAAUCGUCGUUAUCGGGGUGUAAUUAUAUAAAUUUCUAGUCCAAACGAUUGGGCACUCGCGCGACCGUGCACGCAGGAAUCUAUAUCAACAGUAAAUAAGAGUGAACGAUUGUGUACGAUGUAACGUACCUUGACAUACCUGCAUAUCUUGACUCGCUUAAUGUCUUUCUUAAAGUGACCCGACCAAGACAGGAGUGAUGCGCAAAUAUUCGGAGAGAUAAAUGAUCUAUCAAUGAUAUUUUUCGUUGUACACAUAACUAGCUAGAUCGCUAUUUAGGAGAAAUCUGUCCAAGAUGAGCACUUUCGUCGAUGAACUCCCGCAUGAGAAGACAAAUGUCAUGGAACACGCGAGAUUGAACGCGAAUACCCACGUGCUCAGCGAUACAGGAGAAGAUGUGACGAGAGGCAGAUUCAAUAAAUCAACUCAGAGCGAUAUCUCGGCGUGGAAGUAUUCCUAUGGAAGCGGGCAAAGAUCCAGACCGACAUCUCUCGCGUAUUUGUCGGCGAAGCAAUUCCAGAUGAGCGAGUCGAGUUUUUCCACGCAUAGCUCGAGGAGUACACUAUAUCCGGUUCAGAGCGAAUUGGUCUUAUCGCCUAGAAACAGAUACCACAACAAUAACAACAGAUAUGUAUCUCUAGAUAUGAGAUCGAUCAACAGCCUGCCGAAUCCAUCGGCGAACUACCACAUCUUAGGUAGCAAUAAUACGCCGUACACGUGUUGCUGUACAUGUCCGCAGAUCCCGCCGGUGACACCGUCCUCGCAACAAUCCGACGAGCAGGACGGACCCGAAAGUCUCUCGUGGAGGAGACUCCACAUGAGUAGGGCUAAAUUAAAAGCAACUGCUACCACAUCCGAGCUACUUAGUGGAUUCGCAAUGGUGGCGAUGGUGGAACUGCAAAUCAACGAGCCGACAGCAGUGCCAGAAUGGCUAUUCGUAAUGUUUGCAGUUUGUACUACUUUUCUGGUAUCAGUACACAUCUUCGCGCUGAUGAUAAGCACGUACCUCUUACCCAAUAUCGAAGCCAUAAGUAAACUCCAAGUCUCGCGUCUUAUAACGGAGUCACCGCACGAGAGAAUGCGCGGUUUCAUUGAAUUGGCCUGGGCAUUUUCCACGAUACUGGGACUAUUUCUCUUUCUAGUGGAGGUGGCUAUUCUUUGUUGGGUCAAGUUUUGGGACUAUUCCUUUACCGCCGCCACUGCCAGCACUGUGAUAAUCAUUCCUGUGCUCAUAGUAUUCGUCGCUUUUGCCGUUCAUUUUUAUCAUUCUCUAGUAGUUUAUAAAUGUGAAAGUGUAGUAUCGGAUAUGAAGGACCUAGAGAGUAUAAAAAGAAACUUGGACAAUGUGAUGGGGCAAACUAACGUAUAAAGUCCCGUGAUGCGACAAUUUGCAAUAUAUAUAAUCGAUUAUCCUGAAAAUGAAAAAAAAAGAUACGUUAAACUUUAAAGAUGAUGAAUAAAAAUUGUAUCCUGUAAUUGGAAUACGAAUCGAUUUGCAAUCGCAGAUGAAUAACAGGAAAUGUUACUCGAUAAAGAGAAAAAAACGAUGUUUUCAUCACGAGAAUACAACGUAAGAAUAACACACAUACAAAUUUGUUAUCAAUAACUUUUACUUUUCAAACGCGACCAUAUACGAAAAUGGUCAAGUUUUAUUAUAUAUAAAAAAUGUACAUAGCUGUACACAUGCAAGUCAAGAAUUGCAACAGUACAAGCAAGUGCUUUUUUUUAGUAUGUUACCUAUAAUAUAUAUCCAGCAUUUUUAAUAAUAUUCUGUGUAUAUACUUUUUAAUUCUUAACUCUUGAUUUUUAUUUAAACCUGUUCAUUGAUCAUUUUGUUUCUAUCAUUAAUAUGUCAUGUUAUUAAUAUAUAUUAUUUCUUUAAAUCUCAUCACUUAGUUUGUGGAAAAAAUGAAUGACUGUUGUGAGUAUUCGUUUUAUAUACACUUCCUGAAAUUUACAUAAUGAGCAUUUUUUUUUUUUAGUACUUGUACAAUCCUAGUCAAUAAAUAAAUCAUCAGACUUUAGGAAAUAUACAACAAAAUGUGAUUUGUUACAUAUAUUGAAACAAAAA